CCUCUAGCCAUCUAUCAGCUGUCUCUCUCUGUGGGCUAAAGCCAGGUAGGAAACUAGAGAGACAGGCUGGGCGUAUACUGCUGCACAGUGAAGUACAGAGUUGCUAAGUGUGUGUGUGAGAGAGUCGGUUUACACCGACACAGUCAGUGGAGGUACAGAAAAGUGGAGUGGAGAGGAGCUGAGUGGGAGUGUGAGACAUUUAACCACUCCAGACGAUGAACAUGAAGCACCGGAGGUUCUCCCUCGACAGUUUAGUGUGAGUAUCAACCAAUCAAACUUUUUUUAAAUAAUUGAUUUAUUAUUAUGAUUUGCUAUACAUAUGGUGUUUUUGACCAGUUAUAGACAGGCUCAGUUAAACUCCAGCUGUAGAGACCCUCUCCUGUGUUUAUGUUUACAUUAGGAUGUAGGAAUGUCCCUUAACUGAAUCUUAUUGGAUUUUCUAAUAGGAUAUUACAGUAUUGAAUAUUGUUCAUUCCUCAAACAUACAGUAGUACAUACCACAUAGAUUAGAACCCACCCAUAGGGGGUUUGGGCCAUUCCACCUUCCUUAUUGCAGUUUCACAAAUUGGUUAGUCUGAUUGGAGGAUUCACCUGAGUGGAGAAAGAGAAAGCGAGGGAAGGAAGGGAACUUGUUUGUUGCUGCAAUUUGGACUCAGGGGUAGACGUAACAUAGUAAAUGAAAAGCCGGGACACUCAAAUUAGUAUGAUAUGUUACGUUUGGUAGGUAAGGUAUACAUUUUUGGAUGUCCAUCAUCCAUUUCGUAUGUUAUGGUAGAAAUUAUAAUUUGUAUGAUAUGUUUGUUACGAUUUGCAAUUCGUACAAUAUGAAAUUAAUUUGCAACACGUAUGAUAUGUUACGAAUUCCAAUUUGUUGUGGCUAACGUUGGCUAGGUGGCUAGGUGGCCAACACUAACGUUAGCUACAGUUCCUUGCAAAAGUAUUCAUCCCCCUUGGCGUUUUUUCUAUUUUGUUGCAUUACAACCUGUAAUUUAAAUAGAUUUUUAUUUGGAUUUAAUGUAAUGGACAUACACAAAAUAGACCAAAUUGGUGAUGUGGAAUGAAAAAAAGAACUUGUUUCAAAAAAAGUGGUGUGUGCAUAAGUACAGUAUACACCCCCUUUGCUAUGAAGCCCCUAAACAAGAUCUGGUGCAACCAAAUACCUUCAGAAGUCACAUAAUUAGUUAAAUAAAGUCCACCUGCGUGCAAUCUAAGUGUCACAUGAUCUGUCACAUGAUCUGAGUAUAUAUACACCUGUUCUGAAAGGCCCCAGAAUCUGCAACACCACUAAGCAAGGGGCACCACCAAGCAAGCGGCACCAUGAAGUCCAAGAAGCUCUCCAAACAGGUCAAGGACAAAGUUGUGGAGAAGUACAGAUCAGGGUUGGGUUAUAAAAAAAAUAUCAGAAACUUUGAACAUCCCAGGGAGCACCAUUAAAUCCAUUAUUAAAAAAUAGAAAGAAUAUGGCACCACAACAAACCUGCCAAGAGAGGGCCGCCCACCAAAACUCACGGACCAGGCAAGGAGGGCAUUAAUCAGAGAGGUAACAUAGACACCAAAGAUAACCCUGAAGGAGCUGCAAAGCUCCACUGCGGAGAUUGGAGUAUCUGUCCAUAGGAUCACUUUAAGCCAUACACUCCACAGAGCUGGGCUUUACGGAAGAGUGGCCAGAAAAAAGCCAUUGCUUUAAGAAAAGAAUAAGCAAACACGUUUGGUGUUCGCCAAAAGGCAUGUGGGAGACUCCCCAAACAUAUGGAAGAAGGUACUCUGGUCAGAUGAGACUAAAAUUGAGCUUUUUGGCCAUCAAGGAAAACGCUAUGUCUGGCGCAAACCCAACACCUCUCAUCACCCCGAGAACACCAUCCCCACGGUGAAGCAUGGUGGUGGCAGCAUUAUGCUGUGGGGAUGUUUUUCAUCAGCAGGUACUGGGAAACUGGUCAGACUAGAAGGAAUGAUGGAUGGCGAUAAAUACAGGGAAAUUCUUGAGGGAAACCUGUUUCAGUCUUCCAGAGAUUUGAGACUGGGAUGGAGGUUUACCUUCCAGCAGGACAAUGACCCUAAGCAGACUGCUAUAGCAACACUUGAGUGGUUUAAGGGGAAACAUUUAAAUGUCUUGGAAUGGCCUAGUCAAAGCCCAGACCUCAAUCCAAUUGAGAAUCUGUGGUAUGACUUAAAGAUUGUAGUACACCAGCGAAACCCAUCCAACUUGAAGGAGCUGUAGCAGUUUUGCCUUGAAGAAUGGGCAUAAAUCCCAGUGGCUACAUGUGCCAAGCUUAUACAGACAUACCCCAAGAGACUGUCUCUACAAAUUAUUAUUAUAUAAGCUUUCUGUUUUUUUUGUCUUAUUUCCUGUUUGUUUCACAAUAAAAAAUGUUUUGCAUCUUCAAAGUGGUAGGCAUGUUGUGUAAAUGAAAUGAUACAAACCCCCAAAAAAUCCAUUUUAUUUCCCGGUUGUAAGGCAACAAAAUAGGAAAAAUGCCAAGAGGGGUGAAUUCUUUCGCAAGCCACUGUAGGUGGCUAAUGUUAGCUAGACUAGGGGUUAAGGUUAGGGUUAAGUUUAGGGUUAAGGUUAAGGUUAGGGUUAGGGUUAGGAUAAGGAGUUAGCUUAAAGGGUUAAGGUUAGGGGAAGGGUUAGCUAACAUGCUAAGUAGUUGCAAAGUAGCUAAAAAUAGUAAGUAGUUGCAAAGUUGCUUAUUAGCUAAAAUGCUAACGUUGUCCGUGAUGAGAUUUAAACAAGCAACCUUUGGGUUGCCAGACAUUUUGUGUUAUAUGCCAACCCAUCCACCCUGACUAACCACCCUCCUUUCGUUUUUGUCUUAAUAAAUCCCUUUCCUGUAGUCAAAUGACCUACUGGCCUCAUGGGUGGAAUGUUAUUAAUAUUUGCAAUAAACAUGUAUUUAUUUUUAACGCAGAAAAUCGGGUGUGUCUAUGUCAAACGGUUUUGUCAUAUUUCAGUCUUCUCUGAUGUAUAUAAAGUGUAAUAUUUUCCCCAAAAUGCAUUGCAGCCAUACCCUUUAGGACCUUUGUUUUUAUUUUUUAAGAUCAGCUUAAAAUGAAUAACUUUCAAUUUAUUUUGUCAUUUAUGAGAUACAAACAGGUUGUUUUGCAUUACAUCUUAUUGCUUUUUUUGUUUGUUUUAGUUUUAAUAUAAUCUUUAUUUUGUAUAUACCGUAAGUAUAUAUUUUAAAUAAAAAAUAAUCAAAUUCAUGACUUGACAAUAUAUUUUUGAAAUACAAAUUGCAUAAUAAAAGGCACACAUUUCAAACAAAUACUUACAUUUGUUGGUCCUUGUCUAGACUCAGAAAUUACAGGCUGGUCUAGACGGGAGGAGGUGAAUCCGCUUUCUGUACUGGAUAUGUACAGUUGAAGUCGGAAGUUUACAUUCACUUAGGUUGGAGUCAUUAAAACUUGUUUUUCAACCACUCCACACAUUUCUUGUUAACAAACUAUAGUUUUGGCAAGUCGGUUAGGACAUCUACUUUGUGCAUGACACAAGUAUUUUUCCAACAAUUGUUUACAGACAGAUUAUUUCACUUAUAAUUCACUGUAUCACAAUUCCAGUGGGUCAGAAGUUUACAUACACUUAGGUUGGAGUCAUUAAAACUUGUUUUUCAACCACUCCACACAUUUCUUGUUAACAAACUAUAGUUUUGGCAAGUCGGUUAGGACAUCUACUUUGUGCAUGACACAAGUAUUUUUCCAACAAUUGUUUACAGACAGAUUAUUUCACUUAUAAUUCACUGUAUCACAAUUCCAGUGGGUCAGAAGUUUACAUACACUAAGUUGACUGUGCCUUUAAACAGCUUGGAAAAUUCCAGAAAAUGAUGUCAUGUCUUUAGAAGCUUCUGAUAGGCUAAUUGACAUCAUUUGAGUCAAUUGGAGGUGUACCUGUGGAUGUAUUUCAAGGCCUACCUUCAAACUCAGUGCCUCUUUGCUUGACAUCAUGGGAAAAUCAAAAGAAAUCAGCCAAGACCUCAGAAAAAAAUGUGUAGACCUUCACGUCUGGUUCAUCCUUGGGAGCAAUUUUCAAAUGCCUGAAGGUGCCACGUUCAUCUGUACAAACAAUAGUACGCAAGUAUAAUCACCAUGGGACCACGCAGCCAUCAUACGCUCAGGAAGGAGACACGUUCUGUCUCCUAGAGAUAAACGUACUUUGGUGCGAAAAGUGCAAAUCAAUCCAAGAACAACAGCAAAGGACCUUGUGAAGAUGCUGGAGGAAACAGGUACAAAAGUAUCUAUAUCCACGGUAAAACGAGUCCUAUAUCGACAUAACCUGAAAGGCCGCUCAGCAAGGAAGAAGCCACUGCUCCAAAACGGCCAUAAAAAAGCCAGACUACAGUUUGCAACUGCACAUGGGGACAAAGAUUUGUACUUUUUGGAGAAAUGUCCUCUGGUCUGAUGAAACAAAAAUAGAACUGUUUGGCCAUAAUGACCAUCGUUAUGUUUGGAGGAAAAAGGGGGUAGCUUGCAAGCCGAAGAACACCAUCCAACCGUGAAGCACGGGGGUGGCAGCAUCAUGCUGUGGGGGUGCUUUGCUGCAGGAGGGACUGGUGCACUUCACAAAAUAGAUGGCAUCAUGAGGAAGGUAAAUUAUGUGGAUAUAUUGAAGCAACAUCUCAAGACAUCAGUCAGGAAGUUAAAGCUUGGUCGCAAAUGGGUCUUCCAAAUGGACAAUGACCCCAAGCAUACUUCCAGAGUUGUGGCAAAAUGGCUUAAGGACAACAAAGUCAAGGUAUUGGAGUGGCCAUCACAAAGCCCUGACCUCAAUUCUAUAGAACAUUUGUGGGCAGAACUGAAAAAGUGUGUGUGUGCAAGGAGGCCUACAAACCUGACUCAGUUACACAAGCUCUGUGAGGAGGAAUGGGCCAAAAUUCACCCAACUUUUGUGGGAAGCUUGUAGAAGGCUACCUGAAACGUUUGACCCAAGUUAAACAAUUUAAAGGCAAUGCUACCAAAUACUAAUUGAAUGUAUGUAAACUUCUGACCCACUGGGAAUGUGAUGAAAGAAAUAAAAGCUGAAAUAAAUAAUUCUCUCUACAAUUAUUCUGACGUGUCACAUUCUUAAAAUGAAGUGGUGAUCCUAACUGACCUAAAACAGGGAAUUCUUACUAGGAUUAAAUGUCAGGAAUUGUGAAAAACUGAGUUUAAAUGUAUUUGGCUAAGGUGUAUGUAAACAUCCAACUUCAACUGUAUAUACUCAAGCCCUUCUUGAAUAAAUAUUGUUUUGAGGACUCUUUAAUUCUGUAAUGUUGUAGUGCAUUUUAUUUGCGCAUUAAACAUUGAAGUUUGACUUUUUGAGUUGUAAAUGUAAUAGCUUUUGUUACUAUUAGGCCUAUAUUGUCCGGAAGGAGUGGAACAAUAAUUAAGGUAUUACGCUGGAACAGGAUUAACAAAGAUGCAUGUAUAUUCAAUUUCCAUUGCUUGCUUUCUCCCAGCCUCUGUUUGCUUUCUCCCAGCCUCAGGUGGGGGAACUUAAACAUCGUAUAACACACACUUUGCAUGUGGCAUGUUCUGAUCAUUUAAAAUGCAAAUGGAUGCUUUGACCUGGAUGCCACAUAUGUUUUAUACAGCUAAUUUAACCCUUAAAGUGUUAUUGACUAUCUUGUCGACUACUAGCUAGAACUGCUCUGGCAACCAUUCAACUCUUCUUUAUGGUUGUCUGAUGGUAUCAUGUUAGCCGUCGAUGAUGCAGGUAGCCUAUUGGUUAAGAGUGUUGGGUCAGUAAACCUGGGAUAGGAUAAAGUAAUCAUUCUACCCCUCCCUUACCCCAACCCACCCCCCCCAAAAAAAAAAAAGAUAUAUAUAUAUAUAUAUAAAUAUAUAUAUUUUUUUUUUUAAAUGUAAGUGAAAAAAAACACAUUGUAAAGUGGUUAUCCCACUGGCUAUAAGGUGAAUGCACCAAUUUGUAAGUCGCUCUGGAUAAGAGCGUCUGCUAAAUGACGUAAAUGUAAAUGUAAAUGUAAAUGUUGCUGGUUCGAAUGCCCGAGUCAACUAGGUGAACAAUCUGUCAAUGUGCCCUUGAGCGAGGCACUUAUCCCUAAUUGCUCCUGUAUUAAUGAAUUGUUAGAGCAGCACAAAACCUACCCAGGUAGGUGAAUCAGUUGUCUGAAAUUUAAAUUAAAUCCACAACUUUAUAGUUCUCGAAACCACCAUAAUGUUAAUUACAAAGUAAGACCUAUACUGUAGGUGAAUAUACAAAUAGGUAAACAUGACCUCUAAACAGAAAGUGUUUACAGACCCAGGUGACAACACUCUGUGACCGUUUAGUGUCCUGUUCCUCCAGGUCCCUGGAGAAUGGUGGUGGAGGUAGUCUGCUGGACCAGAGGAGAGGCAGCCGCAGUAGGCCUAAGAAGAGUGGAGAGAGGAGGAAAAGCCACAGUCUAGAGGAGGCACAGCUGGAAACACAAGAGCUGGGAUGCAGCCUGAACAGGAGUAACUCACUCAGGUCAGAGGUUACUUAUGAAAGCAAGUGCAAUGACUAGAACAGGAUUUGGACUGGGGGAAACAAAACCCUCUAUAUCAGGGGUGUCAAACUCAUUUUAGCUCAGGGGCCACAUGGAGGAAAAUCUAUUCCCAAGUGGGCCGGACCGGAAAAAUCAUGGUAUAUAUAACUUAAAAACAACAACUUCAGAUUGUUUUCUUUGUUUUAAUACGAUCAACAUACAACAUAAAGCUGGAGCCUGAGGACAGUGUGUCCAAAAUAGUACAAGCACAACAUCACUAUUAAUCAUAAAACACGUCAAGUUUAUUUGAAAAUUCUAAAGAAAAAGAACACACAAACACACAAUGCCUCAGUGAUUAACAGAACUGUUUCACAGAUCACAGAACUAUAUCAGGGUGUCAUUUCUCAGGCAGAAAUGUAGAUAAAAAUAAUGAAAUCCUGUUCCCCAAACAAGUGCAAGAACCACAGAGUCAAGAAUAGGUUAAAUAUACAAAUAAAAUAAAAUCAAUUAAAUACAAUAGCACAUCAACAUAAAAACAUAUAACCAUAAAGCUGGAGCCUGAGGACAGUGUCCAAAAGCACAACAUCACUAUUAAUCAUAAAACACCUCAAGUUAUUUGAAAGUUCUGAGGACAAAGAACACACAAACACACAAUGCCUCAGUGAUUCACAGAAGUAUAUCACAGAUCACAGAACUAUAUCAGGGUGUCAUUUCUCAGGCAGAAAUGUAGAUAAAAAUAAUGAAAUCCUGUUCCCCAAACAAGUGCAAGAACCACAGAGUCAAGAAUAGGUUAAAUAUACAAAUAAAAUAAAAUCAAUUAAAAACAAUAGCACAUCAACAUAAAAACAUAUAAACAUAAAUCUGAAAGCGUUGCUCAAACUCCCGUAACAGUCCAGUUAUUUUAUCUUUGAACCGCUUCAUGUCUGCCACAUGUUGGGUCGCGCACACAUUUUUCAGACAGGGGAAGUGAGCUGCAUCACCACCGGCAAGUUGCGUCUCCCACAAUGACAGCUUCAACUUGAAAGAACGUAUGCUGUCAUAAUACUGCGUGACAACUUUGUUGCGCCCUUGCAGCUGUUUGUUCAAGUUAUUCAGGUGCUCUGUAACAUCCACCAUAAAUGCAAGGUCCGGCAUCCAUUCUGCGGAAUGAAAUUGUAACACUGGUUUGCCCUUUUCUUCCAUGAACUGUUCAAUUUCUUCUCGUAAAUCAAAGAAACGCCUCAGCACAGCACCUCGGCUUAACCAUCUUACCUCAGUGUGGUAUGGCAGGCCAUAGAUGUGGUCUUUCUCUCUGAGAAGGCUGUCAAACUGACGGUGAUUCAGGCUUCUGGUCGGAUGAAAUUAACAGUUUGGAUGACCACCUUCAUGACGUUAUCCAUCUUUAAUGACUUGCAACACAAAGCCUCCUGGUGCAAAAUACAGUGAAAAGUCAAAAAAUCACGUCCUCCAUUUGCAGAUUGCACUUUCUCUCUGAACUUUGUCACAACGCCUGCUUUUUUUCCCGAUCAUUGAGGGUGCACCAUCUGUAGCCAGGCUGACAGCGCGGGACCAGUCCACUCCGACCCUGUCCAGCGCGCCGACGAGUGCGGUAAAAAUAUCAGCUGCUGUCGUUGUAUCUGUCAUCGGCACCAACUCCACGAACUCCUCGGUGACGGUCAAUGUGUCAUCAACUCCGCGGAUGAAAAAAUGGCCAGUUGUGCAACAUCUGUAAUGUCCGUGCUUUCAUCAAUUGCAACUGAAAACGCAAUAAAUGACUUUACUUUUUGCUUCAACUGGCUGUCCAAAUCCACUGAAAGAUCGGAAAUCCUGUCUGCAACUGUGUUUCUUGUCAGGCUGAUAUUUGCAAAAGCCUGCCGCUUUUCAGGGCACACAAUCUCCGCUGCCUUCAUCAUGCAUGUUUUUACAAAUUCACCCUCACUAAAUGUUUUUGAAGCCACUGCGAUUUCAUUAGCAAUGAGGUAGCUAGCUUUCACUGCAGCAUCACUGAUGUCUCGGCUGUGAGUAAACACAGACUGCUGUUUCUUCAGACCCGCCAACAGUUCAUUCACCUUCUCUCAUCUCCGCUGUCCUUGAAAGUUGUCAUAUUUGUCGGCAUGAAGACUCACAUAGUGGCGACGAAGGUUAUAUUCUUUCAGCACUGCAACAUGCUCUGAACACACCAAACAUACAGCUUUCCCAUUCAAUUCCGUGAUUAAAUAGGAUGACCAUUUUUCUUGGAACACUCUGCACUCUGCGUCCACUUUUCUCUUUUUUGACAGAGACAUAUUGGGGCAAUGAGGGUGCCAAAGCACAUAAUGUUAAAAGUAGAAGCCGUAAUAAAUAUCGCGGGCAAAACAAAGUAGCUCAUUGGCUGCACGUGCUUGACCUACUUGCUCUGCCCCGGUAUAAACAGUUUGCUUGCUUAACACAAUUGCUAUUGCGCCAUCCAGUGGACGCAAUUGGAACAGCAGUUUAUUUUAUUGAAAAAUUGCAGCGCAUUUUUAUAUUCAAAAAAAAAUAUAUAUAUAUAUAUAUAUAUAUAUAUAUAUAUAUAUUUUUUUUUUUUUCAAAAUCAUCUCGCGGGCCGGAUUAAACCCGUUUGUGGGCCUGAUCCGGCCCGCGGGCCGUACGUUUGACACCCCUGCUCUAAAUCCAUAUGUGCGUGUGUAAUUGUGAUCUCCCUGUCCACAGGUCACAGACCAUAGAGGAGGAGAGCGUCCAUCGGCCUGAUGGCGUCAUCAUCACCAAAAAUGUAAGCACAUUUGAAAUGUACAGUACAACACCCUGGAGGUACUAUUGCUUCUCCACUACAUGUUUGGGUUCUUGGAUCUGGCUCGGAAAUACGUCCUGAUUAAAUGAUUUAUUAAUUCCUUAAUUGGUUGAUUGAUUGAUUAAUUAGAUAAUUUCCUCUCUCUCUUGUAGAGCUUUGUGAAAUACAACAAAACCUUUCACAAACUCUUCCAAGACAUUCAUGCAGAGGAGAAACUAACUCAUGGUGAGUUGAUAUCAGUACAUUAUCAGUACAUAUUUAUGAUUUUGUCGUCGUCCAUUGACUGUCUGUCUGUGCUGCAUGUGGAUUCAUGUCUAGCAUGUUUACUUAUGGAGUCGACACAAUAAUUCAUGCUUUGGGACAUUCAUUAUAAUUCAUUCCACAACCUGAUGGCAUCAUGAGGAUGGCAUUGUGCAUUGUGCUCCUUGCUAACAACUAAUUACAUUAAAACACUUAUGCACUCACUUUGCACAAUAUUUUAACAUGUGCCCUCAGCUGCUUAGGACGGCAUACAGAACAUCACGCUGUAUUCUGGGGAUAAGUGUCUCUCUCAUUUGGCACUGUUCUCUGGUUGUGUGUUUUCAGCAUUCACCUGUGCCCUGCAGAAGGACGUGUUGUAUCACGGGAAGCUAUUUGUGUCUGUCAACUAUGUGUGUUUCUACUCCUCCGUACUCCUCAAACACACCAAGGUAAGAGAUUCAAAUAUAAUAGAGUAGAGUAGAUAACACCAAGUUCGCCAACAUACAGUGCUCUCCAUAAUUAUUGGGACAGUGAAUCAUUUGUUCUUCUUUUGACUCUAUACUCUAUACUCCAAAGGUUUGAAAUCAAAUAAUGACUAUGAGGUUAAAGUGCAGACUGUCAACUUUAAUUUGAGGGUAUUUUCAUCCAUAUUGGGUUAACCGUUUAGAAAUUACAGCACUCUAUGUACAUAGUCCCCCCAUUUUAAGGGAACAAAAUAAUUUGGAGAAAUUCACUUAUGUGUAUUAAAGUAGUAAAAAGUUAAGUAUUUGGUCCCAUAUUCAUAGCACGCAAUGACUACAUCAAGCUUCUGACUCUACAAAUUUGUUGAUGAGUGAGUAAGUUACAGACACAGAAAUAUCAUACCCCCCCAAAAAAACGUCCCUUGUUAUUGUGAUGGUGAGAGGUUAGCAUCUCUUAGGGGUAAGUUAUUUGUGCAUCUGUAACUUUCUCACUCAUCAUUAUUCACAAUUAAUUCAGGAUUAUUCGUAAUCACUGUAGCAUCCACAUUUAUGUUGAAGUGUUUAGAAACAUAUUCUAUUCUUAUUUAAGAUAAAAGUGACUCCAAAAUUACACAAGACAUUAUUUACCAUUCAUUUAUAUUGGGCACUGUUGCAGGAGGGGGUCGCAGUUCCGGAGCGACCCUCUAGGUGUCAUUCUCCGACAACCUUAGGCACCUCCUCACUCACAGUCGGGACAAAUCAUCUUCCUAUUGGUGUCACCUGUGUCUAUCUGAUUCACCUGUGUAUUUAUGCCCUCACUUCCAUGUGUUCCCUUGCUCAGUUUUCUCUGCUAGUUUCACUAUACCAAGCAGUACUAAUCAGAGUCUGAUCGCGGGACGUAUGGACAGGUACAUGAGAAGUGUUCUCCCUGUUUAUUUAUUAUUUCAGUCAUAGUUAGUAUUUUGUAUUAUUUGCUUCACCUUUCUUUUUCGUGUAAAGUCCGUUAUUUUGUAUCCUGGCUUCGGGACCAUCAGUAAAGUUCCUUGUUUUACCAUCUCUGCCUACUGCCUACUGUCUAACCUGCACCGCACCUGGAUCACACCUCACACCAACCCUUACAGAAAACUGAGCCACUAUGGACCCAGCGGAGGCAGCACAGUAUCAUAGCGCAUUGGCAAUGCAGGGAGCCAUGCUGAACCAGUACGACCGCAGCCUGCAGCAGAUCACCGAGAAUCUCCGCCAGCUGAUGAUCGCCGUGCAGAGCCGGGUGGACACCCGACCAGUGCCGGCAGCCGGCGGAGCGGAAGCCGCGGCAACGGCAUCUCCAGUCUCGACUGUGACAUCACGGGAACCCCGCCUACCACCUCCGGAGAGGUACGACGGACGACCAGAGGGCUGCAGGGAAUUCCUCACCCAGUGUUCCCUGAUAUUCAGCCUACAACCCUCCUCCUUCCCAACGGAGCAGGGCCGGGUGGCCUACAUUAUCACUCUGUUGACGGGUCGGGCCCUUUCCUGGGCUAACUCGGAGUGGGAGAGCCAAACUCCAGCGUGCUCUGAUUCCUACCUAUUCACCCGGGAGCUAUGCAAGGUGUUUGACACCUCUCAGAUGGUGUGGGGCCACGAGGCCGGGAGGCGACUCUUGGCCUAUCAGCAGGGUGACCAUUCGGUGGCGGACUACUCCGUGGCGUUCCGGACCCGGGCUCGAGAGGCAGGAUAGGAGGAGGCCGCCCUGGUUGUCCUUUACGCUCAGGGGCUAUCGGAGGGGGUAAAGGACACACUCUCUUUCAGGGAGCUGCCUGAGCGACAGGACAGCCUCGUCGACCUCUCGGUGCGGGUAGACAAUUGGCCUCAUGAGAGGGUGCACAAGAGAGGCAUGAUGAAAGGCGCGCCUCCGCGUCCCCAUUUCAGCCCGGAGGCUUUCCGCCAAUUCAGGGAGGAGACGCCUCAGGAAGAGGCUAUGCAGCUGGGUGCGGCACACUUGGCCAGGAUGAAGAGGCAGAGGCGUCUGCGCCAGGGACGUUGCCUGUACUGCAGCCAGACAGGUCACCACUGCAAAUCAUGCCCGGAGAAGCCGGGAAACGGGAGGGCUCGCUAGUAUCUGGAGGGGUGUUAGAGAGCCGGAACCGAAACCCAAACUCCAGAGACUCCCGGACUUUUCUCCCCGUCAGGGUUCAGUGGGCCCGCGCUGCGUGUCGGGCGCAUGCACUGGUGGAUUCUGGGGCCGCGGGAAACCUGAUGGACGCAGGGCUUGCCCAAGAGUGGAGCGUUCCGUUACUCUCCCUCUCCGAGCCCGUUCCGGUCAUGGGCCUGGACGGCCGGCCGUUGCGGUCUGGCUUCAUCACCCGGCGCACUGUUCCCGUGCAUGUCCGGGUGGCGGAGGGGCUAUGGGAGGAUAUCCAGUUUUUCAUUGUGGACUCUCCGGAGUGUCCCCUCAUCCUCGGGCAUCCCUGGCUGGUCGCCCACAAACCCCGGAUAGACUGGUCCAUGGGGCGGCUCAUCCUGGAGGGAGGCGCCACCCCCGUCCUGUUCCGGUCUCCACCGACCACUCAUCAGCCCAAACAACCGUCCCAGACCACCUACCAGUCCUCACCUCUUCCCCAGGUCCCGCACUCCGAACCGCCUUCCGCCCUAGCGGCGGUUGCCACCGGGAGGACGGCGGCUACAGAAUCUGUCACCAGCCCAGACCUGCCAGGCGUUCUUUGGGAGUAUUGGGAUCUGGGGGAGGUGUUUAGUAAGAGGCGUGCUAAGGGCUUAACUCCUCAUAGGCCAUACGACUGUGGACCCAGGGGCUGAUAACAACAUUCCGUCACCUCCACCCGGAAGCGUCCAAGGUGAACGGCUAGGGCCGUUCGUUGGGGGGGGGGGGGGGGGGGGGGGGGGGGGUGCACUGAGCGAACCUCUAUGUGUCAUCCUCCGACAACCUUAGGCACCUCCUCACUCACAGUCGGGACAAAUCAUCUUCCUAUUGGUGUCACCUGUGUCUAUCUGAUUCAACUGUGUAUUUAUGCCCUCACUUCCCUGUGUUCCCUUGCUCAGUUUUCUCUGCUAGUUUCACUGUGCCAAGCAGUGCUAAUCAGUGUCUGAUCGUGGGACAUAUGGACAGGUACGUGGGAAGUGUUCUCCCUGUUUAUUGAUUAUUUCAGUCAUAGUUAGUAUUUAGUAUUUUUGGCUGUCUGCCUGUUUUUUGGAGUCUUAUUUGCUCCGCCUUUCUUUUUUGUGUAAAUUCUGUUAUUUUUUAUCCUGGCUUCGGGACCAUCAGUAAAGUUCCUUGUUUCACCAUCUCUGCCUACUGCCUACUGUCUAACCUGCACCGCACCUGGGUGUCAAGGGUUCUGACGCGACGGUGUGGUGGAAUCAAGUGCAGGACACAGGAGCUCAGUCAAACUUGACUUUACUGGCAAAGCACAAAAAUACACGGGUAAACUAACCCUGAGAUACACAAUACACAACAGUGCGUAAAAUACAAAACCCGACUACGCACGAAAACACUGUGCGACGGUAAAUAGCGUCUGUCCCAAAACGUCAAACAUCAAUCAGACAGGAAAACAAUCACACACAACGCCUGACAAACACAACUAGAACUUAUAGGACACUAAUGACACUAAACGAUAACAGGUGUACAAUACCAGACCAGAACAAACGAACAUAGAAACAUACAACGGUGGCAGCUAGAAUUCCGGAGACGACGAACGCCGAAGCCUGCCCGAGCAAGGAAGAGAGGCAGCCUCGGCCGAAACCGUGACAGUACCCCUCCCUUGACGCGCGGCUCCAGACGUGCGCCGACUCCGGCCUCGGGGACGACCAGGAGGACACGGCGCAGGAUGCGUCGGGUGACCACGAUGGAAUUCCGUCAGAAGAGACGGGUCCAAAAUGUCUCUCCUCGGCACCCAGCACCGUUCCUCCGGGCCGUACCCCUCCCACUCCACUAGAUAUUGGAGACCCCCCAUCCGACGUCUCGAAUCCAAGAUGGACCUCACGGAGUACGCCGGUGCCCCCUCGAUGUCCAAUGGGGGCGGAGGAGUCAGCCUGAUCUCAUUUUCGUGGAGUGGGCCAGCUACCACCGGCCUGAGAAGAGACACAUGGAACGAGGGGUUAAUACUUUUAUAUUCAACAGGUAGUUGUAAUCUGUAACACACCUCGUUCAACCUUCUCAGGACUUUAAAUGGCCCUACAAACCGCCGAUCCAGUUUCCGACAGGGCAGGCGGAGGGGCAGGUUUCUGGUAGAGAGCCAGACUCGAUCACCAGGUGCUUACACCGGUCCGUCACUGCGGUGGAGAUCGGCGCUCGCCUUUUGACGCUGGAGGGCCCGCUGCAGGUGGACGUGUGCAGCGUUCCAUGUCUCCUCCGAGCGCCGCACCCACUCAUCCACCGCAGGAGCCUCGAUCUGGCUCUGCUGCCAAGGUGCCAGAACCGGCUGGUAACCUAACACACAUUGGAAAGGGGUUAGGUUAGUGGAGGAAUGGCAUAGGGAAUUCUGGGCCAUUUCGGCCCAGGGAACGUACCUUGCCCACUCCUCCGGCCGGUCCUGGCAGUAUGUUCUGAGAAACCUACCCACAUCCUGGUUCACACGUUCCACCUGCCCAUUACUCUCCGGGUGGUAACCCGAGGUGAGGCUCACCGAGACCCCCAACCGCUCCAUAAAAGCUCUCCAGACUCUGGAGGUAAAUUGGGGACCUCGAUCAGACACAAUAUCCUCGGGUACCCCGUAGUGCCGGAACACAUGGGUGAAUAGCGCUUCGGCGGUCUGCAGGGCAGUAGGAAGGCCCGGCAUGGGGAGCAAACGACAGGCCUUAGAAAACCGGUCCACAACGACCAGUAUAGUGGUAUUCCCCUGUGAAGGAGGAAGGUCCGUGAUGAAAUCCACCGAGAGGUGAGACCAUGGUCGUUGUGGAACGGGCAGGGGUAGUAACUUACCCCUAGGCAGAUGUCUAGGCGCCUUACACUGGGCGCACACCGAGCAGGAGGAAACAUAAACCCUCACAUCCCUCGCCAACGUGGGCCACCAGUACUUAGUACUAAGGCAGUGCACUGUCCGGCCGAUACCAGGGUGUCCAGAGGAGGGUGACGUGUGAGCCCAAUAGAUCAAUCGAUCCCGAACUGCGAGCGGAACGUACCUCCGACCCGCCGGGCAUUGAGGUGGACUAGGGUCGGUGCGUAAUGCCCGCUCGAGUUCAGCAUCGACCUCCCACACUACCGGUGCCACCAGACAAGACUCCGGCAGUAUGGGAGUGGGCUCCACGGACCUCUCCUCCGUGUCAUACCGCCGAGACAGUGCGUCUGCCUUACUGUUCUGUGACCCAGGGAUGUACGUGAUUUUAAAUGUGAACCGGGUCAAAAACAUAUUCCACCGCGCCUGGCGAGGGUUCAGUCUCCUCGCUGCCCGGAUGUACUCCAGGUUACGGUGGUCCGUCAAAAUGAGGAAAGGGUGUUGAGCCCCCUCAAGCCAGUGCCUCCACACCUUUAGGGCCUGUACCACGGCUAACAGCUCCCUGUCCCCCACGUCAUAAUUUCGCUCCGCCGGACUAAGCUUCUUGGAAUAAAAAGCACAGGGGCGGAGUUUAGGUGGCGUGCCGGACCGUUGCGAAAGCAUGGCUCCUAUACCGGCCUCUGACGCGUCCACCUCUACCUGAAAUGGUAAAGAGGGAUCCGGAUGCGCCAGCACCGGAGCCGAGGUAAACAGGUCCUUCAGCCUCCCAAACGCCCUGUCCGCCUCGGCUGACCACUGCAGACGCACCGGACCCCCCUUCAAAAGAGACGUUAUGGGAGCUGCCACCUGUCCAAAACCCCGGAUAAACCUCCGGUAGUAAUUCGCAAACCCCAAAAACUGCUGCACCUCCUUCACAGUGGUUGGCGUUUGCCAAUUACGCACGGCUGACACCCGGUCUACCUCCAUCUUCACCCCUGAGGCAGACAACUGAUAACCCAAAAAGGAGACCGACUCCUGGAAAAACAGACACUUCUCUGCCUUGACAUACAGGUCGUGCUCCAACAGCCUCCGCAACACUCGGCGCACCAGGGCCACAUGCUCGACUCGGGUAGACGAGUACACGAGAAUGUCAUCUAUGUACACGACCACCCCCUGCCCCUGCAUGUCCCUGAAGAUCUCAUCCACGAAUGAUUGGAAAACUGAAGGAGCGUUCAUCAACCCGUAUGGCAUGACCAGAUACUCGUAAUGACCCGAGGUGGUACUAAAGGCUGUCUUCCAUUCAUCGCCCCCCCUAAUGCGCACCAAGUUGUACGCGCUCCUGAGAUCUAAUUUAGUGAAGAAACGCGCCCCGUGCAAUGACUCCGUCAUGGUCGCAAUCAGCGGGAGUGGAUAACUGUACUUCACCGUGAUCUGAUUGAGACCACGGUAAUCAAUGCACGGGCGUAACCCACCAUCCUUUUUCUUCACAAAAAAGAAACUCGAGGACGCAGGGGAAGUGGAGGGCCGUAUGUAUCCUUGUCUCAGAGAUUCGUCUAUGUAAGUCUCCAUAGCUCUCUUCUCCUCCUGAGACAGAGGAUACACAUGGCUCCGUGGGAGCGCAGCUCCUGCCUGGAGGUCUAUCGCACAAUCUCCCUGCCUAUGGGGAGGCAACUGCGUCGCCCUCGACUUACUGAACACAAUAGCCAAAUCCCCAUACUCAGGGGGAACGUGCAAUGCGGGCACCUGGUUUGGACUCUCCACCGAGGUAGCCCCUACGGAAACGCCUAAACAUCGACCCACACACUGGGCAGACCACUCCAUCAGAGCCCUCUCCUGCCACGAAAUAGACGGGUUAUGGGUACUCAACCAGGGCAUGCCCAGCACCACCGGAUACGCAGGCGAGUCGAUCAGAAAUAGCUGGAUCAUCUCCUGAUGACCCCCCUGCGCACACAUCCUAAGUGGCGCCGUGACCUCCCUGAUCAAGCCCGCACCCAACGGACGGCUAUCUAGGGCAUGAACGGGGAAGGGGACGUCAACAGGGAGAAGGGGAAUCCCUAAGGCUAAACAAAACUUCUUAUCAACAAAAUUCCCAGCCGCGCCUGAAUCUACCAGCGCCUUAUGCUGGGAAUGAGGUGCUACCUGUGGAAAACGCACAGGUAUACAGAAGUGUGCAACAGAGAGCUCUGGGUGAGUGGGGCGCCUACUCACCUGGAAGGACUCCCCAGUGCGGGGCCUGUCGUCUUCCCCCCUAGGAGGCCAUCCCCAGCACCUGGCCGCGGUGUGUCCUCCCCGACCACAGUUGGUGCAGGAGAUGGACCCCCUCGUACUCCGACCCCUCCUCUCUCUAGCGCCAGCGCCCCCGAGCUCCAUGGGGCACGGCUCGGAGGCGCUGGAGGAUGAAAUGGACGGACCCCCUCGGGACGUCCGCGGGUAGCUAGCAGGGUAUCCAGCCUGAUGGACAUGUCGACUAACUGGUCGAACGAGAGGCCAGCUCCCUACGGACGUCCUCACGUAGACUACAGCGGUAGUGAUCGAUGAGGGCCCGCUCAUUCCAUCCUGCAUCCGCCGCUAGAGUACGGAACUCCAAAGCGAACUCCUGGGCACUCCUCUUCCCCUGCCGGAGGCAGAACAGACGCUCCCCCGCCGCUUUCCCCUCCGGGGGAUGAUCAAACACCGCCUUGAAGCGGCGGGAGAACUCAGCAUACGUGAUGGUGGUAGCAUCUAUUCUCCUCCACUCAGCGUUGGCCCAUUCUAACGCCUUGCCGGAAAGGCAGGAGAUCAGGGCGGACACGCUCUCGAGUCCCGAGGGCGCCGGGUGCACAGUGGCCAGGUAAAGCUCCACCUGGAGAAGGAAGCCCUGACACCCGGCAGCGGUCCCAUCGUAGGCUCUCGGGAGCGAGAGUCGAACUCCUCGGGGUUCCGGAGCGGGACUGGGCUGACUGGCCGAUGGUGAGGGAAGGGAAGAUGGCGUAGGAGGUGUCCCUCGGGUCUCCGAGGGUGGUGAUCACCUCCUGCAGUGCGGACCCCAUCCGCAGGAUCUGGUCAUUCUGCUCCCGGACUCUGUCUUCCAACGUCUCCUGUGCUGCUGCGGCUCCUGCUGAUUCCAUUUGAAAGGUGUGUGAUUCUGUCAAGGGUUCUGACGCGACGGUGUGGUGGAAUCAAGUGCAGGACACAGGAGCUCAGUCAAACUUGACUUUACUGGCAAAGCACAAAAAUACACGGGUAAACUAACCCGGAGAUACACAAUACGCAACAGUGCGUAAAAUACAAAACCCGACUACGCACGAAAACACUGUGCGACGGUAAAUAGCGUCUGUCCCAAAACGUCAAACAUCAAUCAGACAGGAAAACAAUCACAAACAACGCCUGACAAACACAACUAGAACUUAUAGGACACUAAUGACACUAAACGAUAACAGGUGUACAAUACCAGACCAGAACAAACGAACAUAGAAACAUACAACGGUGGCAGCUAGAAUUCCGGAGACGACGAACGCCGAAGCCUGCCCGAGCAAGGAAGAGAGGCAGCCUCGGCCGAAACCGUGACACUGGGUCACACCUCACACCAACCCUUACAGGGCACAAAAUAAUCUGAAACACAACUAAAACAAAGAGCAAAUGCUUCCAACAAAUAUGGAUGAAAAUACACUCAAAUUAAAGCUGACAGUCCGCACUUUAAUUUCAUAGUCAUUGUUUGAUUUAAAAUCCAGACUUUUGGAGUAUAGAGCCAAAAUAGAUAAAAUGCUUCACUGUCCCAAUAAUUAUGGAGGGCACUAAGUAGAAGUAGAUGCACAGUUGUGGUCUGUGGUAUUUGUGAAGUUGAUGUUGAUGUUGUACCUCUUUCUUGUUGUAGGUGGUGGUUCACGUGUCCAGUGUUAAGGAAGUGAAAAAGCAGAACUCAGCCUUGUCAAUGCUCUCCAUCCACACUACGGAUGGAGACAAGGUCAGAAACCCACAGUGGCCCUGUUAGUCUUUGUUUGAGUGCAUGUGUCUUUGCAUGUGGGUUGUUGCGUAGUCCCUUAUUCUGUUUUGUCUGUGUUUCAGUAUUUGUUUGUGUCUUUGCGGAACCGGCAAGUGUGUUACGAAAUCCUGCAGUCUGUGUGUACACAAGCACAGGUAUACCCUCAUAAUCUCUGACCUCUCUCUCUUUCGCUCUCUCUUCCUCCCUCUAUAUAACUCUCUCCCUCUUUCACUCUCCCCUCUUAUUCACCCCCUUUCUAUCUCCUUAUCUAUCAUCUGCAAUUAUCCUCUACUCUAUUUGUCUUUCUCUGUUCUCUGUAUUCACCAAGGAGAAUAUUCUUUAACACACUGCAUUGUGUGUCAGACUGUGUUCACACAGCAGCAGGGGGAGCAGGGGGAGAAUGGUAACAGCAGUUCCCACGUCUCCCCAGGAGAGAACGGUGUUGACGACGUGGAUCAGGACAUAGACACGGUAAGACCCGAUCAUCAAGUCCCACCAUGUACUGCCCAGUUCUGCUUUGACUGCUUAUGACAAAUGUCUGUCCUUGGUUGACAAACGUACGUCUGUUCCUCAUGGUUGAUCUGCACUGUGCACUUUGUGACAGUGCACAGUGCAGACCUAGAUAUUCCCGAGUGGCGCAGUGGUCUAAGGCACUGCAUUGCAGUGCUAGCUGUGCCACUAGAGAUCCUGGUUCGAAUCCAGGCUCUGCUGUAGCCGGCCGCAACCGGGAGACCAAUGGGGCGGCGCACAAUUGGCCCAGCGUCGUCCAGGGUAGGGGAGGGAAUGGCCGGCAGGGAGGUAGCUCAGUUGGUAGAGCAUGGCGUUUGCAACGCCAGGGUUGUGGGUUUGAUUCCCACGGGGGGCCAGUAUGAAAAUAAAAAAGAAUAAUGUAUGCACUAACUGUAAGUCGCUCUGGAUAAGAGCGUCUGCUAAAUGACGUAAAUGUGACAUUAAAAGAAAGUGCCCUGGAAUUUCCCAUAACUCCAGAAAUCACUUGACAUUUUAUUUUGUGUGGAAUUAAGACACCAUUCAGAUAAAUCAUGGGCUUGUCGUGAUCAGACACACAAGCAUACUUUCCUUUUCUUUUCACCCCUUCCCUGCCCGCAGAUCUCCAGCCACUCAAGCCUGGAGGACAGUAUGUACCGGAGCCAUCCUAAAGAGGCCGUCUACCAUGACAUGUCCAGCAGAGGUUAGAAAGACUGUCUUAGGAUGUUUCUGGACCGACAGGAGAAAGAAAGGAGGGAAAAUAGGAAUAAAAGAAGACAUAAAAGAGAAUAUUAUGUUAUGAUAGAACAAUUAUAAUAAAUACGUGUUAAUAUUCCUCAGGGAGGGGUAGCUCCACUCCUAGAAGCAGCAUUAGCAUAGACCAGGACGAUCAGUUCACAUUCACCGAGGCGGAAGACUCAGGUAGUUAAACACACACUGAAACACACACAGACGCACACACAUGUACACACACACCCACACAUGUGCAAACACACACACACACUUAAAUGUUGUUUGAAUAAUCCAUUUUUUAAUUCUCUUGAUCAGCUGACUCGUGGGUUUGGAGAGUCCCUGAAAGGAUUAAAUCCCUCCUCCUCAUCAGAGAGAUGAGCAACCUCAACGUCCUCCUCUCCAUCUAUCUGUUUCUGUGAGUACCAUCCACCUCUCUGUCUUUCCCUCCACCGUCUCUCUACCUCUCUAUCCUCUCAGUGUCUAGACCUAGAUGCUGAAGCCCUUCCCUCACCUCUUCUCUUAUCCACACACACUGCCACAUGUGAUGAUGGGCGUGUUCAUCUAAACACAUCUUAAGACUACUGUUAGUUUCAGAAGUAUUACGUAACACAAGGGAAAGUUUGAAUCUUUGAUCAUAAGCUGCAUUUUUUUAUGUAUAGGAGUCACAGAACAUUCUGUAGUUCACGAUCAGAAGCCUGGUUGAUAUCUGACCAUAAUUAUAUCCUCCUGAUUCCUGUUUACAAGCAAAAACUAAAGCAAGAAGUACCAGUGAUUCGCACAAUAUGGAAGUGGUCAGAUGAUGCAGAUGCUAAGCUACAGGACUGUAUUGCUAGCACAGACUGGAAUAUGUUCCAGGAUUCAUCCGAUGGCACUGAGGUGUAUUUAACAUCAGUCACCGGCUUCAUCAAUAAGUGCAUCGAUGAUGUCGUCCGCACAGCGACCGUACGUACAUACCCCAACCAGAAGCCAUGGAUUACAGGCAACAUCCGCACUGAGCUAAAGGGUAGAGCUUCCGCUUUUAAGGAGCGGGACUCUAACCAGGACGCUUAUAAGAAAUCCCGUUAUGCCAUCCGAUGAACCAUCAAACAGGCAAAGCGUCAAUACAGGACUGAGAUUGAAUCCUACUACACUGGCUCUGAUGCUCGUCGGAUGUGGAAAGAAUUGCAAACUAUUACGGACUACAAAGGGAAGCCCAGCCACGAGCUGCCCAGUGACACGAGCCUACCAGAUGAGCUCAAUUACUUCUAUGCGUGCUUCGAGGCAAGCAACACUGAAGCAUGCAUGAGAGCACCAGCUGUUCCGGAAGACUGUGUGAUCACGCUCCUCGUAGCCAAUGUGAGUAAGACCUUUAAACAGGUCAGACGGAUUACCAAGAUACGUACUCAGAGCAUGCGCUGACCAACUGACAAGUGUCUUCACUGACAUUUUCAACCUGUCCCUGACCGAGUCUGUAAUACCUAUAUGUUUCAAGUAGGUCACCAUAGUCCCUGUGCCCAAGAACACCAAGGUAACCUGCCUAAAUGAAUAUGGCUCACAUCAACACCAUCAUCCCAGAAACUCUAGACCCACUCCAAUUCGUAUCCCGCCCCAACAGAUCCACAGAUGACGCAAUCUCUAUUGCACUCCACACUACCCUUUCCCACCUGGACAAAAGGAACACCUAUGUGAUCAUUAAGUUUGCCGACGACACAACGGUGGUAGGUCUGAUCACCGACAACGAUGAGACCGCCUAUAGGGAGGAGGUCAGAGACCUGGCAGUGUGGUGCCAGGACAACAACCUCUCCCUCAACGUGGUCAAGACAAAGGAGAUGAUUGUGGACUACAGGAAAAGGAGGGCCGUGCACGCCCCCAUUCUCAUCGACGGGGCUGUAGUGGAGCAGGUCGAGAGCUUCAAUUUCCUUGGUGUUCACAUCACCAACAAACUAUCGUGAUCCAAACACACCAAGACAGUCGAUGAGGGCAUGACAAUUCCUAUUCUCCCUCAGGAGACUGAAAAGAUUUGGCAUGGGUCCUCAGAUCCUCAAAAAGUUAUACAACUGCACCAUCGAGAGCAUCCUGACUGGUUGCAACUGCUCGGCCUCUGACCACAAGGCGCUGCAGAGGAUAAUGCGUAUGGUGCAGUACAUCACUGGGGCCAAGCUUCCUGCCAUCCAGGACCUCUAUACCAGGCGUUGUCAGAGGAAGGCCCUAAAAAUUGCCAAAACUCCAGCCACCGUAGUCAUAGACUGUUCUCUCUGCUACUGCACGGCAAGCAGUACCGGAGCACCAAGUCUAGGUCCAAAAGGCUCCUUAACAGCUUCUACCCCCAAGCCAUAAGACUGCUGAACAGCUAAUCAAAUGGCUACCUGGACUAUUUGCAUUGACCUUUGUUCUGAUCUUGUCCAUUUUCAGACAUGUGUCGACACGAUAUUCAAAUGUAUCUCUUAUGAAUCUAUCGUGUCUGCAUUGUGACCAGAUUUCCUGGUUCCUUUGGCUAUAUAAUCACCGUUUCAAGGAAGUGCAGGUGCCUGCCUAACAGUCUGUCUGCUUAGGUAUGUUGUCUUUCUGGAUUGGUUAGGAGCCAUCUGAUUGGCUGUUUAUGGCAGGUUAAUACCUGGAGAGAUGGGUAGAUUCAGUACCUUCAGAAAGUAUUUUCACCCCUUGACUUUUUCCACGUUGUUGUGUUUCAGCCUGAAUUUUAAAUUGAUUAAAUUGCAAUUGUUUGUCACUGGCCUUCACACAAUACCCCAUAACGUCAAAGUGGAAUUAUGUUUUUUCACAUUUUGUUCAAAUUAAUAAAAAAUUAAAAGCUGAAAUGUCUUGAGUCAAUAAGUAUUCAACCCCUUUGCUAUGGCAAGCCUAAAUAAGUUCAGGAGUAAAGAUUGUGGCGGUACGUCCAACCGGCCUCACAACCGCAGACCACGUGUAUGGCGUCAUGUGGGCAAGCGGUUUGCUGAUGUCAAGGUUGUGAACAGAGUGCUUGGUGGCGGUGGGGUUAUGGUAUGGGCAGGCAUAAGCUACGGACAACGAACACAAUUGGAUUUUAUCGAUGGCAAUUUGAAUGCACAAAAAUACAGUGACCAGAUCCUGAGGCCCAUUGUGAGGCCCAUGUUUUUUAAGGUGUCUGUGACCAACAGAUGCAUAUCUAUUUUCCCACUCAUGUGAAAUCCAUAGAUUAGGGCCUAAUUAAGUUAUUUCAAUUGACUGAUUUCCUCAAAUGAACUGUAAAUCAGUAAAAUCAAUGAAAUUGUUCCAUGUUGCGUUUAUAUUUUUGUUCAGUAUAAUUACACUGGAUGGUGUAUCAAUACACCCAGUCAAAGAUACAGGCGUCCUUCCUAACUCAGUUGCUGGAGAGGAAGGAAACCUGGUUCAGGUUGCGUUCCAACAGACACUGGGAGAUGAAUUCACCUUUUAGCAGGACAAUAACCUAAAACACAAGGACAAAUCUAUACUGUAGUUGCUUACCAAGAAGACAGUGAAUGUUCCUGAGUGGCCGAGUUACAGUUUUUACUUAAAUCUACCUGAAAAUCUAUGGCAAGGCCUGAAAAUGGUUGUCUAGCAAUGAUCAACAACCAAUUUGACAGAGCUUGAAGAAUUUGGAAAAGAAUACUGGGCAAAUGUUGCACAAUCCAGGAGUGGAAAGCUCUUAGUGACUUACCCAGAAAGACUCUCAGCUGUAAUCGCUGCCAAAGGUGCUUCUACAAAGUAUUGACUCAGGGGUGUGAAUACUUAUGUAAAUGAGAUAUUUCUGUAUUAUAUUUUCAGUAAAUUUGCUAACAUUUCUAAAAACAUGUUUUCACUUUGUCAUUAUGGGCUAGUUUGUGUAGAUGGGUGAGAAAAGUAUUUUAUCCAUUUUGAAUUCAGGCUAUAACACAACAAAAUGUGGAAUAAGUCAAGGGGUAUGAAUAGGAAGGCACUGUAGAUGGAUCUGGUUUUCUAAGCACAAUGUGUUCUCCAGAUGGUCAUACUGUAUGUACUGUGAAUUUCUUUCAUACCGUAUGUACUUUGAACUUCAUUCAUACUGUAUGUACUUUGAACUUCUUUCAUACUGUAUGUAGUCUGAACUUCUUUCAUAUUGUUUGUACUUUGAACUUCUUUCAUACUGUAUGUACUGUUAACUUCAUUCAUAUUGUAUGUACUUUGAACUUCUUUCAUACUGUAUGUACUGUGAACAAAAUAAUGGGCUCCCCCUUCAGAGUCUGGUUCCUCUCACGGUUUCUUCUUCUUUUUCUUUUAUCCAACCUACAAGGCCUAUAGUAGAUAAGUUUUCCUUGCCACUGUCUCCAUUGUUUGCUCUUUCAUUGGUUGCCUGUGGACUGUGGAGGAUACAUGUAAUUGUGUGUUUGUGCUCUGACAAUACUUGCUAAUUGCCCCUCAAGGGAUGAAUCAAGUCAUAUUGAAUUACACCUAACGCUGAUAGAUUUAUAUAGAUUGAAUUAGAUUUGAUAUCACACAUUUGACUGUAGAGAGAUUACCUUUCAUGUGCGAUAAAACAGUAUUCAACAAUGUAAACAAUAAAGAUUAGGGAUAUGUGCUAAGUCAGGUGAAGUAAAAACCAAACUGAUGGCAAGCAAGCAAUCAGGAAGUACUGUAUCUUAUCCACCAACGUGUGGGUGUGUGUGUGUGUGUGUGUGUGUGUGUAGGGUGGUGUUUCUACUGCUGUCGUCAGGGUACAUUGGCCUGCGGAUCUUAGCGCUGGAGGAGCAGCUGAGUUCCCUAGGGGCCCUGCCUGAGUUCUCCAUACACCACAGAGAGUGAGCAAACACGCACACGCGCACACACACACACCUUGGGGUAGUUUUCCAUAGAUGACUGUUCUUUGUUGUGAUACUAUCAAGCACUUUCAAGGAACUCCAAACUUGUACAUAAAAAAAAGGAAGCCACUUCUCAAAUUAAAAACCAUUAAACUAUGUAUGGUGAAGCAUGCAUUAUGGUAAGGCAAGGUAGCUCAAACCGGUUGUGUAGACGGAAUGUUCUCAGACAUCAUGGGUACAGUACAUCAGCAGCAGCAAUCACAGAAGGUUAGAAGAUAAACGGCCCCGGAGGAAUGUCUCUUGUUUUUCUGCAAAUCAGUCCACUUGUUAUACAUAACCAUAACCACAGGAACACCCCUUGUGGGAAUUUGAGUCUUCACUUUUUUAAUAUGUAUGUGUGCGUGUCUGCAUGUGAUAAUGUGUGAAAAUAUGUGGGAGAGUGAUUCUCUUCCUCCUCCCACUGCUCCUUCUUCAUUUACAGAUACAGGUACAAGGAAACGUAGCCUGAAGAGACAUACAGCAGGAAGAAUAAAGAGCAAGCCUGUUUGUCCAAAGCCACAGUACAACAAACUAUGCAGAUCCACUUAUAAAGGCUUUCAAUUUCACGUCAUCUUGUGACUCGUGAGCUGGACCAUUGAUAAUAUAUUCAAUAUUUAUUUCUGGAUCCUGCUAAUAUGUUGAGGAGACAGAUCACUUAAAAACUACGACUCUAUCACCCCCUAGUGGUGUUUGUCAGAAAUGUGGAUAACCUUGACUUCACACAAAGCAACAUGCCUUUUUUUUUCUCUUGGUAUUCAGUAGAAUUUGAUUUCAGGCAGUCGCAGUCCACUCCUAAAAUCAAUUGUUUUACUGCACUAUUUGUUUAUCUCAGCUUAACUGGUAAUGCCUGUUUUGAUGUCUUGCUGUAAAUUAUGUUCUUUUUGUAAAGGAAUCUCAAAUUUGCUGGCAAAUUCAUUUUAGAGAAAGUGUCUAACUGUCAGUGGCCCUAACAGGCCAGCAGGGGGCACUCUCUCCUCAUAAAAAAAAGCCUACUGUACUCACAAUUAUUAUUAGUGUAUCAAUCAAUAUGUGUAGUAUACUUUCAAUCUAUAAAAUCAUGUAUUUGAGAAAAGGCUACUUGAAAUAUAUUUGUUCUUCUUAAUACAGUUCUUGAAUGUCACCCUGCAAACUAAAAUGGAUUGAUCACUGUUAUAAAGCAGUUUCUCUGGACCCCUGCAAGUCGGAGUUCGGCCCCUCCCCUCCCUAAAAUAAAAUCGAAUGCGUCAGCCAGACAACCACUCAAAGUAUAGAUUACUGAUCGCUGUCCAUAGUGCUGAAAUUGCAACAUGUCUAUGCGGCUGCCUAUCGAAUCGAUUAUAGGCUUUCUGUGGCGCAUGUUAGAUAGAUACAUUAUUAUUGGUAGGCCUAUUUGGUCGUCAUUUUCUCAUGCUAAGCUUAACAUUUCAUGAAGCAGUAGCCUCCUACAUGGUGUCUGCUGGCUGGCGGCAAUAAUGUAAUAACCUAUUCGGUAAUUAAAGUUGGAAAUUCAAAC